CAGAAUUUGUGUGGAUCAUUUUAGUUUGAAACAGCCAACGGCGGAAGGUGUUUCAAUAACGAUAUAAACAUUCUUUUAAACUCUUUAAACAUGGACCGGAUGUUUUAAACAAUGACGUAUUUGUGCGUAAUAUUUGAUUGUGGAUAGGUCAGUUAGUGUCAAUAAUAUAUUUCAAUAAUCACGUUUUAUAGGUUUUUGAUACAAAAGUUUAUAUAAUUUUUUAAAAGACGAGAAUCACAUAAUUUUCGUUAUCAAUCUAACCCACCCAAACAAGUGAUAAGAUUCUCAAAAAAUAGUUCUAAUCCAUUUGUAAAUACUACUUUUCGGCUUUAAAAAAGUAAUUUAUGAUUUUUAAAAAUUUUCCAUUUCUUACAUAAUUUCGCAUUGAGAUUGAGAUAGUGCAAAAACGUGACUAAAAGUGCUAUUACGUUGAUUGUAACGUCAAUUAUUUCGGGUUGCAUUAUAUUUAUUUACAAAAAAAAAUUGUUCUUAAAAUAAAUUCGUACGCGGCGUGCUGUCGUGGUGUGUCUUUUUUUUUUUCUUCUAUUUUUGAGUCAUAGAAAUAUAGCGCUAUGGUAAUGUCACUCUACCGGUAUUGUCAGUUUGUUUGUAAAUAAAAGAAGCUUUUACCACAACAACUACAACAAAAACAAAGCUUUUGAAAAGAUAUGGAUUAUCUUUUAGGAGGCACAGCUGCCAUGUGCGCUGGUUUCUUCAGUAAUCCGUUCGAUGUGAUAAAAACCCGCCAGCAAUUACAAGGUGAACUUCAAAGCACCAAAGGUGCACCACAACCGUACAGAGGAGUAUAUCAAUCAAUUCGUUCCAUUAUCAAAGCUGAAGGCGUAUGGGGCCUACAAAAAGGUCUAGGUUCAGCUUUAACAUUUCAAUUUGUCAUGAAUAGUUCGCGAUUGGGACUUUACCAAACAGUUGAAGAUUGGAAUUGGACGAAACUUGACAAAGAUAAAUCUCAUCAUUCAACUGUUCUAUGUGUAUUUUGGGGUGGAGUUUCUGGUGUACUUGGGUCAGCAUUAGGCUGUCCGUUUUAUAUGAUUAAAACACAAUUACAAGCACAAUCUGUGGGGAAGUAUGCGGUGGGCUAUCAACAUCAUCAUCAAAAUACACUCAAUGCUUUAGUCAAUAUUGUCCAGAAACAAGGAUAUUUGGGAUUGUGGCGUGGUUUUUCUGGCAUCGUACCACGAACGGCUGUUGCAUCUUCAGCACAACUUGGAACAUUUUCUGCAUGCAAAGAUAUUUUUGUACAGUACGAGAUUUUUCAAAAAUCAUUUCUUUUAACUGCAAUCGGAUCGAGUAUGGUGAGUGGUUUCUUUGCUGUAGUCUGUAUGACACCUUUUGAUGUAGUUGCAACGAGAAUGUUUAACCAAGGAGUGGACAAAAAUGGAAAAGGACUUCUUUAUACAAAUAUUGUUGACUGUUUCAUAAAAACUUUUCGAUACGAAGGCAUGAAAGGACUGUAUAAAGGUUUUGUUCCAAAUUAUUGGCGAACAGCUCCUCAUACGAUACUUAAUUUAACAUUUUGGGAACAAUUCAAAAGAUGGAAAAAUAUUUAUUUAGCUGAAGAAGGAGCUGUUUAUUUUGAAUAAAUUAAUGUGGAUUAAAAAAUGGGGGUACAAAGUAUUGCAAUAAAUUGUAAGGAUAUUUAAGAAUA